GGAUCGAAAUUUCAAGAUGGCWGACAAAAGAGCGGGAAUUUCUGAAUUUGUCUAAAAAAUUUAAAUGCCCUAACCUUUAAAAGAGAUGAAAUAUCAAGAAAAGUCAGAGGAUUUAUGCCAAAUAAGCUCUUGCUUUCGAAGGGUAAGACAAAGAAGAAAUCCAAUAGGGAUAUAUUCAACAUUUCGAAGGAUGAAAUUCCCGGGAAAUAUGAUAUGCAGUGGAUAACAUGGAGCAGUGUCGCACGAAAGUUAGGUGGCAAAAGUGCAGGUAUUUUUCCCAAGAGAACCUUAAAACUAUCAAUAAUUGACAAGCAUGUGGUUAUGUGAUCAAACACCGAAACCUUAUCGUGCUUUCAUUAUUCAUGUCAAGGCUGUAACUAGUUUCGCUUCAUCUUGGAUUCUCCAUGAAACAGGACCAUCAACAAACUCAUCGUUGAUUUCUGCGGUCAUACUACACAUGAAAAGAACUUGUAGGGGCUUUCAUAUAAUAUAACCUAAACGGAUUAGUUUUAAACGGCAACCUAGUGGACUGCUAAAUACUGGAUGUUUUAGAUUCAAUAUAAAGUGAAAGUCUAUUUAUAACCGCAGUCAUUGUUUCACUUUGAUUGUUUGAUCAAACGGGAAGCCAUCGUUUCAGCAGAAAGACAGGAUUUCAAGACAAGAAUUCAAAAUGCCACAGACUUUSGUUUCCCCUCCGAAAGUUUACACUUCAGACUCUUCGGGUGCGAGUUGUUGUCAAGAAGUCAAAAUGUCUGAUAGCUCUCCUAGUUCGUCUUCUUCGUCUCCUUGUUCGACCAGAAGCCCUGAGAGCAGUUAUUGCGACCUUCCAUCGCCUAAUGGAAGCCCGAGUAGAUGGAGUUCAAGCUCAAAUGGAAGCCCGACGUUUAGAGAACGCUUGAAAUCUGCUAGYAGAUCAAUCCGAAAGAUGCAUCUGAUAGAACAAAAAUUGAAUUCCACAGCAGAGGAGGAUGAGAAUGUCGAGCCUGUUGCCAUAAAUCAGACGAGUGAUAAUGGCUUUAAGUCAUAUUUUAGAGAACAUUUUAUUUUAUCAGAACUGAAAUUAUUAAGUAGAAAUCAUCAAGGAGGAGUAUAUGUCAUGCCAUCACUAAAUAAUAUACAAGUAUGGUAUGGGAUUAUCUUCCUAAGAGCUGGACCAUACAGAGAUGGGAUAUUCAGAUUCUUUAUUUUUUUGCCUGAUGAUUUUCCUGACAGUCGGCCAUUGUUGAAGUUCACAACUCCAGUAUUUCAUCCUCAAGUCCACCAAAAUGGGGUUCUUAAUCUGGAUGUUGCUUUUCCUAAAUGGCACAAAGAAAGUCACAGUAUUUGGCAAGUGAUACGAUAUAUGAAGAGCUGUUUUUAUUGUGCAGACACUUGGGGAGCAACAAAUCAAGCAGCCAAAAAUAUUAUUCACACUAGCAUUGAUGAAUUCAAGAAAAAAGUAGAAGAAUGUGUGUUAAAUUCUCAAAGAUUGUAUGAUAGUGAACUGAGAACUGGAUACUGUGAUGAUGAUGGCAAUUAUCUCAAGGUUAAGAGAAUGAACCUACUGGAAUUUGAAAAUGGCAGGAAAGUGAUGAUGCAAGGGAAAUCCCUUCGGMCAAGAAAUUGUGUCUCAAAACAAUGAGAAUGUUAUAAAAUGAAGAUGAGUUGCAUGCAUUUUAAACUAUUUUUAUUUAUUMAAAUACAGUUUUUAUUUAUACAAUAACAGAACAAAGUUAUAAAUAUAAUAUUUAUAUGAUAUUAUUAUUUAAUGUACAAUCAAAUCUUAAUGCUGAAAAAAAUACUCAAAGUAUUAUAAAAAAUGGGAUGGUUAUAACCCAAUAUUUAGUAAAUUAAAACUGGCAAUGAUAAUCAAAUAAGUUAAAAUUGAUAAAAUUGUUUUUUAAGUACUGCCAGUUGUAAAACCAUAAAUUUCAUUUAAACUCCCUUUGAUGUAAUUCUGCAAUCAAAUUAUUUAUAAUUUAUGUUGUAAAUAUUUUAAUAUAAUAAAUACAGCCAUUAGUCGAAUGCAAAUGUUAUAACGUUAAAGCUGUUACCAUGUAUCAAGUCCAUAGUGUCUAAGUUUUUCAAAAUGAUAUAUUUUCAGUACAUAGGUUGCACUUCCAGAAUGUACAUGUAAUUCACUAUCAAUAGCAUUUGCAUCCGAUCAAUAGCAAUUUUAGUUAGAUUAUAUAUCGACGGAUGUCAUAGUUUUGAUUUUCAAAUUUCUAGUACUUGAUGUAUAAACAAAGUAUUAAACAUUUUAUAAAAUGA